AUGCAGCCCUACACAGCAUGUGUGCAGAUUGAUCGUGUAAAGAUUCUUGUGUGCGGUGACAAAGGUGUUGGCAAGACUGCAUUGAUCCAUGCAUUUAGAGACGACACUUUUACGGAGGAUCCAGAAGAAACGGGUGAAAUGGUCUGUAAAAUGCAUUAUGUUGAUGACAAACGGGUCUUGUUCCAGAUGGUCGAGCUACAUACCGAUGAUUUAUCUUCCGGUGAUGCUCACAAUGCACAAGCCAUAAUGCUUUUGUUUGAUAACGAAGCUACGACUACCUUAAGACGGAUACAAACAUUUUGGUACUCAAAAAUUAAUCUAUACUUUUCGCAAGUGCCGUUAUUUUUGGUAAGAAGCAAGUGCGAUUUAAGAACGAAAGUCACCCCGAUAUACGAGAACAUGUUGAAGAACUCUAUGCAUGCUAUGAGGUAUCUGGAAUGUUCCGCAAAACAAAUGAACGGCGUCAGAUAUGUGUUUUUUGAAAUACUAGGAGCUGUGAGAGCCACCCGUCGUGAUCAAGAGCAGGAAUAUCCAAAUACUGAAUAUACGACAUCCCAAGCUGUUGGCGAAGUGGCGACAAGAAUCAUCAGUUCUGGGCCACUAUUGAGGCAAGUAUUCGUCAAUGCUCGUGAAUGCCUGACGAAUCCUGCUGCAUUCCCAGAUGUGAAGCAGUCGUUGAGCAGUCUUCUCCCCUUCAACAUUUUUGGGACCGAGCCAAUUCCGGAGGUGAAUAACAACAAUACUGUGAGAAGGGUCACUGAUUCAAUGCUUGGAAUGCAAAAGAAGACAGAAAAGGACGAUGAGGAGAAGCAGAGUAAAGAGAAAGAGCAGUGAAAAGCAUUCAUUUGCAC